AGCCUCAGUGCGCGAUCUUGGUUUCCAGCAAUGACAAUGGACUUUAGUGAUCAAGAUGCACCGUACCCUUGCCUUGAAAUCAUUGAGAACAAGCAACAUGCGCGCGCGCCAAAGUUCUCACUUUGAAAGUUCAUCCUGCGGUGAUUGGCGCCUUCCCACUCAUUAGGAAGAUGCUGGAUACGUCUCAUCAUCUCCCGGAGUGGUUGUCAACAGAAACGAAGGAUGUUACGGACAAUUUCUCCGACAAGGUCACAACUGAAAAAGUUCUCCUUUUGAGGUCUUCUAAUCAUUAAAAUGUUGUUGUUGCUGUCCCUCGUCGCGAUGAACAUCUUAGCAGUUGGCGUGUUCCUUCUUCUGGGUUUGGUGAGGUCCGCUAUACGUCUGGCUAUUGAGAGUGGGUAGAGGAUGUGAUUGCUCGCUCCAAGGAAACUCUAUAUAACAUCAAAACUUAUGAUGCUAUCUUUGCUUCGAUGUUCACAUACGAUCACAACGAAAAUGUUCUCCAGGCCUUCUGCGAGAACUGGCGUCCAUCCACUAAUACGGUCUCUACCUUCAUCGGAGAGUUGUCUAUUUCUUUAUGGGAUUUAAGAACCAUUGGAGGUCUUCUUGUUCAUGGUUCCUUUUAUGAGGAAGUUGUACCCUCGGCUAAGGAGUUGACACAUGUAGAUGAUCAAGGGAAGUAUUUUCUCCCAAGAAGUAGUUCCUUCUUGUUUUCAGCAUUCUAUUGACUUACCAAAAGUGCCAUCGAUGAAGUCUCUUUUCGAGAACGGACAAAGUUUUGGUUUAGGGGGCCAAAAAAAUAUGUCGAGCCUUCACCAAAAACAUCUAAGAAUCGUACAAAACCAAGGAUGAAUCAUGAUACUUCUGGAAAUAUUGACAUGAGCUUUUUGCCUCGAACAAAAAAGGAGAAUGCUCCUUUUGUCGAGCUAGGCGUAGAAAAAUCAUUCAGAGAUGAGACUUAUAUGGAAGCUUUUCUCGUAUGUUGGCUUUGUAAGUUUGUUCUUCCUAGCAAGAAAUCCAACUGUAUUCGUGCUAGUGUCUUAAAAGUCGCAAGCUUGAUGGCUCAUGGAGAAAUAUUUUCUUUGGCAGUGCCGGUCCUAGCAAGCAUCUAUCGCGGACUUAAGGAUAUAUCUACUUCUUCAAUCUUAGGUGCUUGUGAUACAUUACUUCCCCUCCAUUAUAUAUAUGGGUGGACAGAUGAGUAUUUUGAGACCUACUUCCAUGUUACUCGUCCUCAACGAGGUGUGCGAAUUUGGCAGAUUUCUGGAGAAAGGAUGGGAAAAUAUUUUGACCUUUUUGAUGCUCUCAAGUUAUUUCAAUAAGUGAAUGUGCAUGACCUCCACAAUCUAGCCAUGCUACAAGGAAAGGAGUUGCAUAUUGAUGAUAGUGGAAAAUUGUCCACUUCCUGGAGCGAUUUUUUUAUAGCCCUCCGUUCAAGUUUUGUCACUUUGAGGUUCGAUAAUGAAUUUGAUUGUAGAUCCUUAUAUCCCUCACCGAUUUAGUCGUCAAUUUGGAUAUUUUCAAGAUUUUCCUGGCGCCCUCAUAGAGCACCAUUAUGAUGGUUCACUACUAGCUUUGGUUCAACCAUGGGAUUCAUGUGUUCAUCUUGGAAGCUCUUCGAAGAUCAUCAUACCAAUGCGUCCAUCCAAUAAGGGCUCUUUAAUGACUCGUGAGUAUUCAGAUUGAUGGCCAUCCCAUUGAGAGACUCUGCUAAGACGAAGUACUCACAUAAUUUUGAGAAGCCCGAAAAGAGAUGAUGUUUCUUUAUCAACCAAAGGAGAACAACUUCAAGAAAAGCUAUCUCAGCCUUUAAAGUCCAAGGCGACACCAAACAUUCCUCCGCAAUCUGUUAGAGUUGUUUCCAAGUCUAAAAGUUUGAAGAGCAAGACAACAAAUGUUGGUAAAGAAGGUGAGGAUCCUUUACAGACUCCCAAGGCUGUCAACCUCGCUGAUAAAAAGGUGAUCAAGGUAACUCUCAAGAGGAAGAAACCUUCCAGCUCAUCGAACGAAGGUGUUGUAAAGUCACUUGGCAUUGCACCGUCUUAUAGUAACACGUCAAAAAUGUCUAUUUCACUCCAGGAGAUCGACAUUUGCAUUAGUGCAGCCUCUAGCUCCAAUGAGAGCAAUGUUAGCCAAGAGCUACAUUGGAAGCGUUUGAAGAAAAAGCCUAAGGACUUGAACACUCAACAAUGCGAGUUCGCUGAAUCGGAUUCCAUUUGUAUUGACACUGCGAUCUUUGAAGAUGGUGCUGCUGGUUCUACAAUGCCCUUGAAAGAAUUGGCACAACAGUUGGGUCUUGGGGACAUCCCUAGCGAUGUAGAUGUAUUUGAAGAUUGUAUCACCAGCUCGACUUUUCUCUAUGUGGCGAAGAGUUCUCACCCCCCACUUGUUGAAGUUAAGAAUCAAGCCGCGAAUGAGAUCCAACCGACAAAGCCAAUGGUCCUUUUUUUCUGAAAAUGUUGAAACUUUUCAAAACAUCUCAACUAAUGUGGAGGUUGUUGAAACUUCUCAAAUUGUAUGUCCAAAUGUUUCCAAGGAUUUGGUUUUCCCUUUGUUGGCAACUGCCUAUAAUUUUGAAUCACCAAAGAUUAUUCCUGGCUUCAAAUUGUCUUAUGUUUCUGGAAUGUGGCGCACCUUAUGUGAGUGUAUCACUCAAUUCUUUUUUGAAUCUUCAGAGAACCACAAAGAUUUGGAGAUAGGUUUUGCCUUGAUACUGAACGGUCUUCGACAAGUUGACUUUAUCAACCUUAAUCCUUUAGAGGUUCUCCUUGAAGAUUUUCUCAAGAAACAUAGAGAUUAUGAUGUUGCAAGGCAGUCCACUUCUCAAAAGAUAAGAAGGGAUUCUCAUCAAGAGUUGCUUUCUGCUGCCCAACAAGGUCUUAAUACCGCAAAUGAGGAGAGAAUCAAUAUGGAAAAACACUUGGAAGGGCUUCAAAAAGUCUUUGCAAGAGCUGAAAAAGAGUUGAAAGUAUGGACUUCAAAGAAGAAGAAAACCAUCUCGCUUAUUGAGGAUCAUCAAAAGAGGUUAUCUCAAAAUCAAAAGAUUAUCACUAACCGUGAAGAUGAAAUUCAUGCCAUUGAGAAAAUCGUUCCCUUGCCGGAAAUAGAAAUAAAAGAACUAGAUAAGCUAAAGAAAGAUGCUGAGACAAGUCUUCACCAAAUCCUUAGACAUAAGUUUAUUUCUUAGUCUUUUAUCCCGCAUAAUGUCGUUCUUUCUCAAUUUCUUGUUCUAUUGUGUGAUUUUUUUGUCUUGUUUUUUUUUUGAAACAUUGUUCUGAUGUAGUGACCUUCUUGAAUGAAUAAAAGUGUUGGGUUUUUCUCUU